GGCCUGAAAGAACUGGUGAAGCAAGUGAAGAGCCUGCCAGCUGUCAAUUAUAAUCUGCUGAAAUAUAUCUGCAGAUUCCUUGAUGAGGUGCAGUCUUACUCAGGUGUAAACAAAAUGAGCGUGCAAAAUCUGGCGACUGUUUUUGGCCCCAACAUCCUUCGCCCCAAAGUGGAAGAUCCUCUGACCAUCAUGGAGGGUACAGUGGUAGUCCAGCAGCUCAUGUCAGUGAUGAUCAGCAAACAUGAAGAGCUGUUUCCCAGGGAUGCAGACCCUCAGAUGGGACCCGAGGUAUGCAACAACAACAAUGAAAUGCCAAAGAAAGGGAUGGCGGGACAGCUCCAGAACAAAGAGAACAACAACACCACGGAGACAGCAGUGAGGCGCUGCUCUUGGGACAAACCCGAGUCUCCCCAAAGGGAAAGCAUGGACAAUGAAUCUCCAACUGCUCUGCCAGGCAGCAAGACAAAUAGCCCUAGGAACAGCGUCCAGAAACCAGAUGUCACCAGGAGCCCACCGCUCAUGGUGAAAAAAAAUCCUGCUUUUAAUAAAGGCAGUGGCAUCGUCACCAACGGGUCCUUCAGCAGCUCCGUGGAGGGCCCUGAGAAGAGCCAGACCUUACCAAACUGCGCCCUGCAAGCCAGGAGGAUGUCGUCCUUGAAGGGACCGGUGACAAAGAUGGGCACACACAGCGUGCAGAACGGAGGUGUGCGGAUGGGCCUUUCCAGCACGGAUGGGCACAGCAACACCCUCAACGGCCGGCCCACAGGCUGGGUGCCCAACGGCUACGUCACGCUGAGGGACAACAAGCAGAAGGAAGCGGUGAGCGAGUCAGGCCAGCACAACAGGCUGUCCACCUACGACAACGUCCACCAGCAGUUUUCUAUGGUGAGCUCUGAGGACAAACAGAGUGUGGACAGUGCCACCUGGUCAACGUCCUCUUGUGAAAUAUCGCUCCCGGAGCACUCCAACUCCUGUCGUUCAUCCACCACCACCUGCCCGGAGCAGGACUUCUAUGCAGGUAACUUCGAAGACUCCAUGCUGGAUGGACCACCACAUGAAGACCUCUCUAACCCAGGUGACUAUGAGAACAAAAGUGACAGAAGGAGUGUGGGGGGCCACAGCAGCAGAGCCACCAGCAGCAGCGAUAACAGUGAAACGUUUGUGGCCAACAGUACUAACAACCACAGUGCUCUGCACAGCCUGGUGUCCAGCUUGAAGCAAGAGAUGGCCAAGCAAAAACUAGAGUAUGAGACAAGGAUAAAAAGCUUGGAGCAAAGAAAUCUCACCCUGGAGACAGAAAUGAUGGCCCUGCACGAAGAGCUGGACCAAGAGCGGAAGAAAUUCACUAUGGUAGAGAUCAAAAUGCGUAAUGCAGAACGGGCCAAGGAAGAUGCAGAGAAGAGGAACGACAUGUUGCAGAAGGAAAUGGAGCAGUUUUUCUCCACUUUUGGAGAACUGACAGUGGAGUCUCGCAGACCAGAAAGAGAGAACACCAUCUGGAUCCAGUGAGCAAUGGAGGCGUAGACUGUGGGACUUUGGGGAAGGGCUUUGGGGUAUUAUAGUGUAUCAGGUGGCUGGUCACCUGGCUGAGGCUAGUACUCAACAUAAUGUUAUAAACCCUUGCAGGAAGGAAUCGCACAGACGUUAACCACUCAUACCUACAGUGUGUACUUACCAAGUUAUACUCUGAAUGCUUCAUGAGACUACUGUCAAGUGUUACAACUGGAUACCUGUAUAUAAAUUUAAAAAAAAAAUUCACCUUAGAGAGCAAGAGAUGUAUCUCAAGAAAUAUUUUAAUGCAAGUCUUGUAUUUAAACUGGUAAAUUGAAAUGUUGUUGCAAUCAAGCUUUAUAUCAAGGCUUUUCUCCCUUGCACUUAACAUAAUAAGCUAUUUUUGGCAUUGUGUUACCAUCAGCUUAUUUUGUAUAUCAAAUGUUUUUUGUUUUGUUUUGUUACCCCUCUUGCUGGGGAGUGAAGAUAAACAGAUCUGUUAAGGUA